AACAAACUUCGUUCAAAGAUAUUCAACGUAUUCGCUUGCAUAGUUACAUGUAAUUCUUGAAAAUUUAAAAAACUCAAAAUAAAUAAAUACAAUAACAUGAGCUUCAUAAGAAGAGUAAUUAAUGCAGUUCAUGAAACUGAAAUUACUGACGCACGACAACAAAUAGCGAUUUUGAAUAGCGAAAUAAAGUCAUAUCAGCAGAAAGGCAGAAAAUGUAUUGAGAAUAAGUAUAAAAACUUCCUUCCAGAUGUUGGUGAGAAUGAACGAUUUAUGCUAGAAGGAGAAAAUUUGGUUCACGAUGUUAAGACAUUUCUCGAGCAUUUAGAGAACAAUGUGAAACAUAAUGAGAGCCAAUGCAAAGAUGAUGUAGAAUGCAUGGUAAAGUCACUGGAAGAAAGUGCGUUGGGUCUUACAACUUGCAUAAAGCUUGUUCAAAUUGAAAAUUUAUUAAAUGAAAUACACAAGAUUAAUAAGCUUAAUCGCUUCAAUGACGCAACAAAUGUACUAGCAGAGCUGAAAAUGUUAAUAUACGAUGACGAGUCCAAUGAUAUUAUUCGUCAUUUAGAUUGCUACAAAAAUAUAAAAAUUCAUUACAUUCAAGAGUAUGAGACCUUUUUAUGCAACUUACAUCAGAAUUUUGAAUCUUUGGUAGAAUUUAAAAGCAAAACUUUUCAAAAUACGAAAGCAAUAAGUAUUCGUAUUAGUAAAGAUAUGGAACAAUUACGCGAUACAACUGUUGCAUUGGUAAAUACCAAUUACUGUCCGAUAACAAUGUGCGACUUCCUUCUUGAAAACGUCUUUGAACCCAUAUGUACUCGAAGUUGUACAUUAAAUUUGGAUGACACCGAUUGCACAACUGUUAAAUUGCUUUUAUCGUACAAUUUAAAUGAAAAUAAUGGUUACCCCGAUUAUCGUGUUGUCUUCAACAAUGUGAAAAAAGUAUUCAAAUGUUUAAGCUAUAUGAAUGUCAUCAUUGAUAACGACCGAUCCGUUUUCUCAAUUAUUGCCCAAAAUAUCAAAGAUAAUUUUUUUGAUUUAAUCAUAAAUAAAUGUAUUAGCUUAGCAAUUCCUAAAUCAAUAAGUGAAAUGAAGAGCUCAACCAUAAUUGAAGAUAUGAAAAGAAUUCACAAUUUUUUAUGUGAUGUGCAAUUUUUGAAUAACGAAAAGCAGGAAGAUUUGCGUUUAAUAACGGCUAUUGACAAAGUUAUAAUUCUAUUUAGUAAAAAAUAUGCUUCCAAUACCCUUGACGAAGCUAAAAUUAUUAUGCAUAAAGAUUUGCAUGAUACAAAAACAGUAGAGUCUACUUUCACCAUUGAAAGUACACUUACUAAAUGCCAAAUUUCAAAAAGCACUUUUCAAUUAAUUAAACUUUUGGAAACAGUUAUAGAAAAUGCAAAAGAAUUUGAGGAAAACUCUGAGCAAGUGCUAAAUACAGUUCUCAUGGUUCUUGAACGUUAUGGUCAAGAAGUUUGUGAAUAUCACAAUAAAUUACUGGAAAGUGUACCGCAACAAUCAGCUAUUUUUCGAAAUAAUUGUCACUUUAUUGCAGAAUGGGGAAUCACUCAUAAUAGUCUAAAAUGUUUACAAUCGUUUGAAAAUGUAACACAAUUUUUAUAUCAUCUGGGUGAUGAAAAAUUCAAAUCACAGCUCUACACACAAAUAAGAAACUUACGGAUUAUUUUGGAAAAAUUAGAUUUUUCUGAAUUUUCACAAAUAAGUCCGGGGCCACAUCGAUUGCUUCGGCAGUGUUUAAGACAAAUGGAAGUACUGAAAAAUGUAUGGCACCCAAUAUUACCCUCUAUGGUUUAUAAAGAAAGUAUGUCGUUACUAUUGAACGAGUUAUGUGAAAAAGUCAUUCAUAAAAUAGUCAAAAUGGAAGAUAUUACGGCUAAAUUAUGUAACGAAUUGGAAGACAUUAUUUUACUCAUUGAGAAAAAAGGACCAGGACUUUUUGAUGAUGAUUCUCGUGUUGAGAUUGAAGUAAAACUUUGGAUGAAAUUAAUGCAACUGAAAACAAUCCUUAGUGCAUCGUUAGCAGAGAUUUCAGAGUUAUGGUGUGGAGGCAAAGGUACAUUGGCUGCAAAUUUUAAGGCUGAAGAAAUCAAACAUCUAAUUCGUGCCUUAUUUCAAAAUACUGAUAGACGAGCAACGGUAAUAGCAUCGAUACUUUAACUAAAUUAUUUGAUUAUUUGAUAUAAACUUGAUAUAAAUGGAACUUCAAAAACGA